AUGAUUGCUCCAAGAUUACCGCUCUCCGCGGUUACCAGGGGCUUGCAUCGACUGACGUUUAAUCAAUCCGCCAUACGUGCAUAUGCAACGUCCAAAUCCAAAGUCAGUUCCGACGACAGCGGACUCUCUAGCGCAUCUCUCAUGAAUGCUGCGGAAACUCGAGGCUCACAGUCCGUCAUUCUCCGAACGUACAAGCCCCGGACUCCCGGUGUGCGACACUUGAGACGUCCCGUCAACGACCACUUGUGGAAGGGCAGGCCGUUUCUCCCAUUAACGUACCCAAAGAAGGGCCAAGGCAAAGGUGGACGAAACGUACAUGGACGCAUCACCGUAAGACACCGAGGAGGCGGUGCGAAGCGGAGAAUACGCACAGUCGACUUUGAGCGGUGGAGGCCAGGUCCGCAUCUGGUAGACCGAAUUGAAUACGAUCCUGGACGAAGUGCACACAUUGCACUGGUCACGGAGCAGGCCACGGGCCAGAAGUCAUACAUUCUGGCUUCUGAGGGUCUACGGGCCGGUGACAUUGUGCACAGUUAUCGCUCAGGUAUUCCGCAGGAUCUGCUAGACAGCAUGGGUGGCAUUAUUGAUCCGGGUAUUCUGGCUGCUCGAACGGCGUUCCGUGGAAACUGCUUGCCCAUGCACAUGAUUCCCGUUGGCACGCAAGUCUUUGCGGUUGGCUCUGCUGCGAAGCGCGGCGCCGUGUUUUGCCGCAGUGCCGGGACCUCGGCUACGGUGGUGAACAAGAAUGAGGAGACGAGGGAUGACGGCACCAAGAUCAUGACAGGCAAGUAUGUUGAGGUCCGCCUCCAGAGUGGUGAAGUGCGGCGAGUUAGCAAGAAUGCCUGCGCAACCAUUGGCGUUGCCAGCAACGUCCACCACCACUACCGACAGCUCGGAAAGGCUGGACGAAGCCGAUGGCUGAACAUUCGACCGACGGUUCGUGGUGUGGCCAUGAACAAGGUUGACCAUCCUCACGGUGGUGGCCGUGGAAAGUCCAAGAGCAACCGAAACCCAGUCACACCAUGGGGUAGACCUACCAAGAGCGGUUACAAGACGCGGCGCACGCAUAACGUCAACAAAUGGGUUGUCACGCCCCGACCUCGCAACCACGGCAAGCGACGAGACAAGCGAUCAUCAAAGGAAUAG